ACAAUCAAGAAAUUUGACAUUUGGAUUUUGAUUUGGAAAGUAAGCUGCGUGCAGUGUUAUUUUUAAUUUGAAUUUAUUACAAAUACACAAUAUUUUACAAGUGAUGCGUCAUAUAUUUUAAUGUACGCCAGAUUCCAUUGCAACUGGCGAGUGGUGAUGUUUACUAGUAUUCGAUAUUAACCAAGUCUCAACAAAUCAUGUCUUCAAGGAUGGACGUGAGACGUGAGGAGCGAUCCAAAAGCGCCUCCUUGGACCGACAUAAGGAUCGCCGAGCACGGAGCCGCAAUAGAAGCGACAGAUCUCCAUCCACCAAAACACAUUCUUCGAAACCAAACCAUAGAUCAAAAUCAAGGCAUAGGUCGAAAAGUAAGGACAAAAAGAAGAAAAAGAAGAAGAAGCGUCACUCUUCCUCGAGCAGUAGCAGCAGCUCCACUGACAGCGACGAGGAGGAGCUGAAGCUAUUGCAGCGGCUGGAGGCUGAGAGGCUCCGUCUGAAAGAGGAGAAGAGAAAGCAGAAGGAAGCUCUCAAGGCUAAUGAGACUCCAGAGGAGAAGAGAGCUCGUAGGCUACGUGAGAAACAGGAGAAAGAGCGCAAGAGACGAGAGCGCAUGGGAUGGGACACAGAGUACCAGUGCUACACCAACCAGGACAAUCCAUUUGGAGACUCUGCACUCACCAACACCUUUGUAUGGACUAAGAAACUAGCCAAAGAAGGAGUAAAAAAUGUAUCCCGGAAUGAACUGGAAGCUUUGAACAGGCAAAAACAGUUAGAAAACAAAAUUGAACUUGAAAAGGUGAAGCAGCGCCGUCUUGAGCGCGAGGCGGAGCGCGCGGCGCGGGAGGCGGAGGCGUCGGCGGCGGCGCGUGCGCGCGAGGCUGCGCAGUUCUCCUCAUGGGCGCGACACGAGGACGCCUUCCACUUAAAACAGGCGCGCCUGCGCUCUGCGAUACGUAUCCGAGAUGGAAGAGCCAAACCGAUUGACUUGCUGGCAUGGUAUGUAAAGUCGAAAGAAUGCGUGGACGCGCUGGAGAUGCACGAGCCGUACACAUAUCUCAAUGGAUUACAGAUGCAGGAUCUCGAAGAUCUCCUCGAGGAUAUUAAGGUGUACAAAGAACUAGAGAGCAGCGAGAACCAGUCGUACUGGGAGGACGUCGGCACGAUCGUGUCGGACGAGGUGAACAAGCUGCGCCGCGUGGCCGCGCCCGCCGCCCGCCGCGACGGCGUGCACCAAGCUGUCGCGGACGACGUCGCCCAGAUUUUCAAAGGAAAAACAGGCAGUCAACUGGAAGCUUUACAAACUCAGAUUGAACAAAAGAUUAGCGGGAAGAGAGACGGCGUCGACAUCGGCUACUGGGAGAGUUUGCUCAGUCAGCUAAAAGCGCACAUGGCCCGCGCGCGCCUGCGCGACCGCCACCAGCGCAACCUGCGCCGCAAGCUGCACAUGCUCAAGCAGGAGCAGGGCGUGCAUCCCGCGCAGCCCGCGCACCCCCUGUCCGACGACCAGCGCCCCGACACCAGUGGUCAGUCAGUGGAUACUGCCCAGCAAAGCGAGCCGCCCGAACCUCUUUCGGAAUCGUCGAGCUCUCGCCACGCAGAGCAGUCGGCAGAGACGGCGGCGGAGGCGGAGGAGGCGGCAGGCGCGGAGGCGGCGGAGGAGGCGUGCGUGGCGCUGUACCGCUCGGGGCGCUACUCGCCGGCGCUGCUGGGCGCGGGCGCGCUGGAGCCCGGCACGCUGCUGCUGGAGCCGCGCGAGGACGCGCAGCGCGUGCACUUCCUGCGCGCCGCGCUGCACGCCGCGCAACACAAGGCCGCGCACACGCCCGACAACGCGGGCGCUGCGCGGUCGGGCGACGCGUUGGAGCGCGAGGCGCGUCGUGCGAUAGGCUCGUCGGCCGAGGAGGCGCAGUUCAGCGUCGAGCACGUGCUGCACCAACCCUGUCUGUGGGCCGACAAGUACCGACCAAGGAAACCCAGAUACUUCAACAGAGUACAUACUGGAUUCGAGUGGAACAAGUACAACCAGACCCACUACGACAUGGACAACCCGCCGCCGAAGAUCGUGCAGGGCUACAAGUUCAACAUAUUCUACCCGGACCUUAUAGACAAGAAUGCUACUCCAGAGUUUUCACUAAAACCAUGUCCAGACAACCCAGACUUUGCGGUGCUGCGGUUCCACGCAGGCCCUCCAUACGAGGACAUUGCAUUCAAGAUCGUGAACCGCGAGUGGGAGUACUCGUACAAGCGGGGCUUCCGCUGCCAUUUCCACAACAACAUCUUCCAACUGUGGUUCCACUUCAAGCGAUACCGCUAUCGCCGGUAGUGUGCUGUUUACCUAUAUUGUAUACAUUUAUUGUAUGUAACAUGGAUUGCAAUAAAAUGGGUUAUUGUAAGUUUAUAUUAUUUUGCUUG